AUGGACCCUUCUGUCAUCCAAAAUUUUUGCAGUAUUACUGGGACGUCUGAAUUAGAAGCUAAACAUUUUCUGGAAGCUUUCGGUGGGGACUGUGACGAGGCAAUCAAGGCAUAUUAUGAAUCAGAGGAUCCUGUGCAUUCAAGUGAUACGCCACAUGUGGAUCAUAUUACUCAGCCACUAAACCAAAGCUACAAGGAACCUUCAUCGUCCACAGCAAAUAAAUCAGCAUUCAGCAAACCUAAAAUAGCGACUCUGAGUACCCUUGAAAACAACAGUGAUGAUGAAUUAGAUAAGGGACAGGCAUUUUACGUUGGUGGUUCAGAGACUGGAGGUGGUGGUCAACAGGUCCUUGGCCCUCCAAGACGUGAUGGUAACAGAACAGCCCAUGAUCCUUCCCAAGCCACAGACGUUUUUGUCCGUAAUCUUUUCCAAGCUGCCAAAGGUAAAGGAGCCGAGGUAUUAGAUACACAUCAAUACAAAAGUAAACCGAAAACUCAAUUGCCUUUUAGUGGAGUCGGUUACAAGCUUGGUGAUGAUCCUAAUGCUCCAUCCCAGCUGGAGUCAACCACUGCGAGCAGUUCUAGUACAAACAGCAUCUCUGAACAAAAUGUUAUUGUGAAAAUGUGGCGUGAUGGUUUUAGUUUAGAUAAUGGACCGUUACGUUCUUAUACUGAUCCAGAUGCUUCCAAAUUUUUUGAUGCAAUACAAAGCGGUCAAAUCCCUCAGGAACUUUUGAAAUCUGCUGGUGGAAAUAUGGUUAAUGUUAUGCUUGAGGAUCAUCACCAUGAAGAGUGGCAGGCUCCUCCUGCUCCUAAAAUCAAACCUUUUGCUGGUACAGGACACAUGCUUGGUUCUCCACUUCCUCGUAUCGUAUCAAACACUCCACCGAAGGUCAAUGUCAACGAAACCAGUGAACCUGGUGUCGCAGUAGAUGAUACCAAGCCAGUAACACGAAUUCAGAUUCGAUUACCUGAUGGGUCGAGAUUUGUAAUCCGUCUAAACAAUUCGCAUACAGUUGGCGAUAUCAGAAGAGCAAUUGUCAAUGAAAGACCAGAUUUAGCUUCAAGAUUGUUCGCACUGAUCACCUCCUAUCCAAAUCGUGAGCUAACUGAAGAUACUCAAACACUUGAAGAUGGUAAUCUUCUCAAUUCAUCAAUUUUAGUUCGAUUCACAUAA